UCGAGUUCAGGAGCGAGUGACCCGCCCUGUCCGACUCAGCACAACUGUGCAGGCGGGGUUUUCUCCGCUCGCCAAGUAUUCAGAAAAAGUCUCUUCCACUCUCAAAAAGUUUUAAACUGAUGGUCGCUCCUUGGAGUUGAAAGAGUUCCAAUAACGUGUCAGCCGCAACGCGUCACCUUUAACGAUCUUAAGGCAGAUUGCAUCGACUAUCUGUGGUGGAGGAGGAGAAGGAAGAGGAGGAGGGAGUCUGCUGGCCCCUGGUACCAAACAGCCCGCAGCUGCCUCUUAAAACCACGGCAGCGAUUUGCUCAACAGUCACAUAAAACAACGAUAAAUUUAAAAGUGCGGACUCCAGUACCGAUGGCCGCCAGGGCUAAAUGGGGGACGGCGAAGGAUCUGGUGACCAGCAGCGGUUCAGACGCCGACGCCCAGCUGGACGCCAACCUGGAGGAUGCAGACCCAGAGCUCUGCAUCCGACUGCUCCAGGUCCCGACGGUGACCAACUACUCGGGGCUGCUGAGGCGCCUGCAGUCCAGCACCACGGCCUGGAGGGUGCAGUUCCUGGAGCUGCGCGGGCUGGACCUGCUGCUGGAGGCCUUGGAGCGAGUGUCCGGGCGGGGGUGCCUGCACAUCACCGACGCCCUGCUCCAGCUGAAGUGCGUGGCUUGCGUGCGCGCCGUCAUGAAUUCCAAGACUGGCCUUGACUUCAUGCUGGACAACCAGGGAUACGUUCGGACGCUGGCCCAGGCUCUGGACACGUCUAACAUGAUGGUGAAGAUGGAGGUGUUUAGGCUGCUGUCGUGCAUCACGCUGUAUAAACUCAGUGGACACCAGCAGACCGUCGAUGCCCUGGAGCACUACAAGAGCCUGAAGAAGCAGCAGUAUCGGUUCAGCGUGAUCAUGAACGAGCUCCACGCCACGGACAACGUGGACUACUUGGAGACCCUCAUGGGCAUGGUGAACACGCUGCUUCACGGCCUGGACGACCUCCGCAAGAGGGACAAGCUGCGCAAGGAGUUCAUAGGUCUGCAGCUGCUUGACCUACUGCCCCGACUAAGGGAUAUGGAUGACAUGAAUCUGAACCACCAGUGCGAAACGUUUGAGAACUCGCUGGCAGAGGACGAGGAUGACAUGAUGGAGAUGUAUGGUGGCAUCAACAUGAGCAGCCACCAAGACGUCUUCACCAGCCUCUUUACCAGAGUGAGCAGCACCCCGGCAUCGCUCCACCUGCUGUCAGUCCUUCAGGCUCUGCUGCUGGUGUCUCCAAACAGGACAGACGUCUGGGGGGUCCUGGAGACCCUGGUGGACCGAGCCAUGCUGCUGUCCCAGGAUGAUCAGAUCCCAGAGGAAUCCGCGGAGCAGCUCUUAUCUAGGUUCCUUCCCUCAAAGGCCCUGCCUCCCCCUGUCUCCCCCAAUCGGAGGCUCCCGACCACUGACAUGGCGGUCCAGACUGUAUUGAUGGACAGCCUUUCUGACCUAUCCCAAACCACUAAUCUAUCACCUCCUCCACCUCCUCCUCCCCCACCACUGCCUCCGUGUUUAGGAGGUCCUCCUCCACCUCCUCCUCCCCCACCUCUGCCUCCGUGUUUAGGAGGUCCUCCUCCACCUCCUCCUCCUCCACCUCCUCCACUUCCCCCUGGCGUUGGAGGAGGUCCUCCUCCACCUCCUCCACUUCCCCCUGGCGUUGGAGGAGGUCCUCCUCCACCUCCUCCACUUCCCCCUGGCGUUGGAGGCGGUCCACCUCCUCCUCCACCUCCUCCUCUUCCCUUUGGAGCUCCUCCUCCUCCUCCUCCUCCUGGUGGAAUGAUUGAAGCCAAUGUUUCUCGAGGGCUUGGCAGAGCUUACAUUAAGUCCCCCCCCCCUGGUCGCUGCCCCACCCAGCGCAUGAAGAAACUCAACUGGCAGAAAAUGACCAUCUUAGAGGGUCACUCCAUGUGGACCUCUGCUUCAUCCGGACCCCUGGAGCCCAACUACACCAGCAUCGAGGAGCUGUUCGCUCUGCCGAAGACCGACGGCCCGGCUAAAGCCACCGGGCCCCCGGCCAAGCCCAAGGAGAUUUCUUUCAUCGACGGUAAAAAAAAUCUGAACCUCAACAUCUUCCUGAAGCAAUUCCGAUGUUCCCAUGAGGAGUUUGUGGCAAUGAUCCAGAGAGGAGACGGCUCCAAGUUUAACGUUGAAACGCUGAAACAGCUGCUGAAACUGCUCCCAGAGAAACACGAGGUGGAAAACCUGCGCUCCUAUGAAGGAGAACCAGACAAGCUGGCUGACGUCGACCGCUUUUAUCUCCUCCUGCUGGCUGUCCCAUGCUACACGCUGCGUAUAGAUUGCAUGCUGCUGAGCGAGGAGACCAGCGUUGUGUUGGAGAGUUUGAUGCCCAAAGCCCAGCUGGUGGAGCAAGCCUGCAAGAGCCUUAAGAACAGCCCACGCCUGCCCAGUUUCUGUAAACUUACCCUCGACAUCGGGAACUUUCUCAACUAUGGCAGCCAUACAGGGAACGCAGAAGGGUUUAAGAUCAGCACUCUGCUCAAGUUGACGGAGACCAAAGCCACGGGGUCACGGAUCACCCUGCUCCACCACAUGAUAGAGGAGGCUGAGAAGAACCAUCCGGACCUGCUGAAGUUACCAGAGGAUCUGGAUAUCUGUGACAAGGCCGCUGGGGUGCCCCUGGAGUCUAUCCAGUCGGAGGCCGUCACCCUCAUCAGGUUCCUGGAGAACACACAGAAGAAGGUGGAGGCUUCCUCUGCGGAGGACCUGAAGGAGAACUACCUCUCGGCCAUCAAGGACAACCUGGCCGGCUGCAAGAAGCUACAGGAGAUGUUCACGUCCAUCGAGGAAGAGAAGAGGACGCUGGCGGUGUACCUCUGUGAAGACCCCUCCAGGCUGGACCUGCAGGACGUCUUCAACACCCUCAAAGCCUUCAGAGCGCUCUUCAUCAAAGCCUACAAGGAGAACCACAGCCGCAGGGAGCAGGCUGUGAAGGUGGAGCGGCGGCGCAAGCAGCAGCAGGAGGAGGAGAGCAAACGACCCAAAGGGGAGGAUGGAAAGCGCUUGAGGAAGACUGUGGCGGUACAGGAGGAAGGCUGCAUCAUAGACAACCUGCUGGCGGACAUCAGGAAAGGCUUCUGUCUCAAGAAGAGCAGAUCCCGCCCCGACGCAGACACACUCCCCCCUGACGCAAACACACUGGCCCCUGACCCAGACACACUGGCCCCUGACCCAAACACACUGGCCCCUGACCCAGACACACUGGCCCCUGACCCAAACACACUGGCCCCUGACCCAGACACACUGGCCCCUGACCCAGACACACUGGCCCCUGACGCAUACACACUGGCCCCUGACCCAGACACACUGGCCCCUGACGCAUACACACUGGCUCCUGACUCAGACACACUGGCCCCUGACGCAUACACACUGGCCCCUGACUCAGACACACUGCCCCCUGCUGGCACCACCGAGGACAGCGGGCAGCCUGAACCACCACAUCUUCCAGGAGCUCCAGAACCGGCAGGCCUCCCAGAACCACAACAAUCUUCCCCCAACACAAAGGAGGACCGGCUCUACGGAUCCACGGUGGUCCUCAGUUUCUCUGACCUCCCCGUUCUUGAGAGUUCUUUCCCGUCUCCGCCCGCCACCCCCCCGCUCACCGCGGAGCCCAGGCCCCUGAUCACGUCCUCUCCUGACUGGCGGGUCAGGGAGGAGGGAGGCGCGGAGCGUCCAAACAACACCAACGCCGCGCUGGAGGGGGCGGGCGAGGAGGGGGAAGGGGCCGGUCUGGAGGACCCCGUGCCCAGCGGAGGGGGAUCAGAGGGCGGAGCCGAGCCAGGCAAAGACACGGUUUCGACUUCCUCGGUUCCAGAGGGGAGAUCCGCACACGGCAAGGCCAAAAACAUCUGCCCUCAACAGUGAGUUGAUCUUAAAAAAAAAAUGACCCAGAAGUCCCCACAAGACCCCACCCUCCCCAUACUACACCCACUGUCCCCCAAUUUUGGACCCACACAAUAACCUGAUUGUUAUUGGUAAUCAAUGUCAUGAUUUUAAACUCCGAUAUGAAAUUGGAAUUAAAGUGUCAAUAGAGAACUGACAGCACAAGAAAGAAACUAUUUUUUCAAAUUGACAAAAUUAUUUUAUUAUAUUUAAGAACAUAUAUAUACAUAGCCUAUAUAUCAUUUUAUAUUAAUUUCUGAAUUAUUUUUGGCGGGCUGUGAUGUAGAACCUUCCAUGUGAUUAAUGUUUUUUAAAAUGUAAAAUAAACGUGUAAAGUAA